CCAAUUUAUGACAGUUUAAUCAAUAUAAAUAUUUAAACAAUAUUUCGAAUGAUUUUGAAAUUUUGUUUGCUUCAGCUUAUUUUUACAUUUAUUUUAAUACGUGAAUGCAUUUCACUUUGUGACGAAGAGAAACUAAUUUCGUUUUUGGCUAACGUUCAAGUUUCCAGCCCUGAAAGUAUAUUGACUUUAUCUAUUGAAGAAUUAGAAACAGACAUAUGCAGUAAAUUGGAAAAAGACAUGAAAACUGUCGGAAAAAAUUAUGAAGAAUGUCAGACAGCAAAUCCACAAAGUUUAUACGUUGAACUAAUAACUGGAUUGCAAGCCUUAAACGAUAAAUUAUGCUGCUUUGAAACUGGAUUUUAUAGGCAAUAUCAAGUUUAUCAUCCCUGUUUGUAUGAACUAAAACGAGAUUUUGAUAGUUGCAACGGUCCAGCCGAUUGGGUAGAAGAAGCAGAUGCUGCACAAUUAUGCAAGAUAUCAAAAACAAUAGUAGAUUGUUACUAUAUAAAAACGGCCAAGGUUUGUGGAGAACCUGCUGCAUUGGCUAUCGGAGGCUUAGCCACACACGUCAUUCAAAGUACGAUCGGUCAUUCUUGCAAAGAUAUUGACAAAUUCCCUGUUGUGAAAGAUGCCAUGCCAGCAAGUUAUAUAGAAAGGAGAAAUUAUUCGCUGGUGCAAACUUCGUCGUCUUUACUACUGAUAUUAGUAGGAAUUGGAAUUGUAUUAAUCGAAGCCUAUACUGAUAUUUAUACAUUUAUUAUUGGUGGAAUCUAAAAUAAAGUUUUUUAUGUUU